AUGGAAUCAAAACAGGAAAUAAUAACAAUAAAUGGAAUAUCAACUCAUAUUUAUCAAUUAGGUGAUCCAUUAUUAUCAUCAAAAAGUAUCGUAAUCAUUCCAGGUAAUCCUGGCCUUGGUGGUUUUUAUCUUCCAUUUGCUCAUGAACUUUAUAAUUUAUUCAAUGAAAAUAUUUCAAUAUUGAUUAUAUCUCAAGCUGGUCAUAGUCCACCAUUGAAAUAUUGUUUUACAUUAAAUGAACAGAUUGAACAUAAAAUAAAAACAAUUGAAAAACUUCUUCCAACAGAUAAAAAUCAUCGGUUAAUUUUAAUUGGUCAUUCAAUAGGAGCAUUUAUGGUUUUAAAUAUGCUUGAAAGAAUUCAACAUAGAUUAGAUCGAGCAUUUUUUCUUUUUCCAACUAUUGAACGUAUGAGAGAAAGUGAUGCCGGAAAAAGUUUUGUACGUUGGUAUUCAACAAUGAUUUAUCUUUUACCAUUUUUAUGUUUUAUUAUUAAUCUAUUAAUUCCAUUAAAUUGGUUAAAAAGAAAAUUAAUCUCGUAUUAUUUUUCAAAUUCACCAUCAAGUGAUCGUUCAAUUUUAACUGAUACUAUUUUAUAUGAUUUAUUAAAUCCUGUAACGAUAAGAAAUCUUUUACAAAUGGCAAAUGAAGAAAUGUUCGUUGUUAAAAAACGUGAUGAUCAAAUUAUACAACGUUUCAUUGAUAAAAUAACAUUUUACUAUGGUGCCAAUGAUCAUUGGGUACCUAACAAUGUCGUUAAAGAAAUGAAACAAAUUUAUCCUAAAGGGGAUAUUGUUGAAUGUACUAAUAACUAUUCGCAUGCAUUUGUUUUAAGACAUUCGAAAGAAUUAGCUAAUUUUGUUUUCAAUAGAAUUCAUUGA